GGCUACGACCGGGUUCGCUUUAAACCCGUUUGCAUUUCAUCAAAUCUCGCUCGCUAUUUCCCCCAAUCCUCUGCUGAAAACCGUCUCUGCCCCCUGAAGUCGCUGUCGGCUCCAUUCGCCAGUUCGCCACCAGAUAUGAGCGGCCAUGAUUCAAAAUACUUCUCCACAACUAAGAAAGGAGAAAUCCCUGAGCUCAAAGAGGAGCUCAAUUCUCAGUAUAAGGAUAAGAGAAAAGAUGCUGUUAAAAAGACAAUUGCAGCUAUGACAGUUGGGAAGGAUGUAUCAUCACUUUUCACAGAUGUCUUGAACUGUAUGCAGACUGAAAAUUUGGAGCUCAAAAAGCUUGUUUACUUGUAUCUCAUCAAUUAUGCUAAAAGUCAACCCGACCUAGCAAUACUUGCAGUUAAUACCUUCGUGAAGGAUACACAAGACCCAAAUCCUUUAAUCCGGGCUUUAGCUGUUCGAACAAUGGGAUGCAUCCGAGUUGAUAAAAUCACAGAAUAUCUUUGUGACCCCCUCCAGAGGUGUCUCAAGGAUGACGACCCAUAUGUUCGAAAAACAGCAGCUAUAUGUGUUGCUAAACUUUAUGACAUCAAUGCUGAGUUAGUUGAAGAUAGAGGUUUUCUUGAUGCCCUAAAAGAUCUCAUAUCUGACAAUAACCCUAUGGUAGUAGCAAAUGCUGUUGCAGCUCUUGCUGAAAUUCAAGAUAACAGCAGUACACCCAUUUUUGAGAUCACUAGCCAGACCUUGUCAAAGCUCCUUACAGCUCUAAACGAAUGCACUGAGUGGGGUCAAGUUUUUAUAUUGGAUGCUCUUUCAAAAUACAAGGCAGAAGAUGCUCGUGAAGCUGAAAAUAUAGUAGAGAGAGUUACUCCAAGACUGCAACAUGCGAAUUGUGCUGUAGUUCUUUCAGCUGUUAAGAUGAUUCUUCAACAAAUGGAACUCAUCACUAGUCCUGAUGUGGUACGGAAUUUGUGCAAGAAAAUGGCUCCUCCACUUGUAACAUUACUUUCUGCAGAACCUGAGAUUCAAUAUGUUGCAUUGAGGAACAUUAACCUUAUUGUACAGAAGCGCCCUACAAUCCUUGCCCAUGAAAUUAAGGUGUUCUUUUGCAAGUACAAUGAUCCAAUCUAUGUGAAGAUGGAAAAGUUAGAGAUCAUGAUAAAGCUUGCUUCAGAUAGAAACAUAGACCAGGUAUUAUUGGAAUUUAAAGAAUACGCAACAGAAGUAGAUGUAGAUUUUGUGAGAAAAGCUGUUCGUGCUAUUGGUCGAUGUGCUAUAAAAUUAGAAAGAGCAGCUGAACGUUGCAUUAGUGUUCUUCUAGAACUUAUCAAAAUCAAAGUCAACUAUGUUGUUCAAGAAGCCAUUAUAGUCAUCAAAGACAUUUUCAGAAGAUACCCCAACACAUAUGAAUCUAUUAUAGCCACACUCUGUGAGAGUUUGGACACAUUAGAUGAACCAGAAGCUAAGGCAUCAAUGAUUUGGAUAAUUGGUGAAUAUGCUGAAAGAAUCGAUAAUGCUGAUGAGCUUCUAGAAAGUUUUCUGGAAACCUUUCCGGAAGAACCUGCACAAGUUCAGUUACAGUUAUUAACUGCAACUGUAAAACUUUUUCUUAAAAAACCAACUGAAGGACCACAACAAAUGAUUCAGGUUGUUUUAAAUAAUGCCACUGUGGAAACCGAUAAUCCAGAUCUUCGUGAUCGUGCUUAUAUAUAUUGGCGUCUUCUUUCAACCGACCCCGAGGCUGCAAAAGAUGUUGUGUUAGCUGAGAAGCCAGUGAUAAGUGACGACUCAAACCAAUUUGAUUCCUCUCUCCUUGAUGAACUUUUAGCAAAUGUUGCCACUUUAUCAUCAGUAUACCACAAGCUUCCGGAAACAUUCGUGACACGUGUCAAAACCUUACAGAAAACAGAAGAGGAAGAGUUUCCGGAAGGUUCCGAAGGAGGGUAUUCCGAAACAUCAUCUGCACAUGUUCCUGAUAACGGGAUAAUCACAUCACCGCCACCUGUCGCCCCUGUCCCCGACCUGCUCGAUCUCAUUGGUCUUGAUAAUGAUAAUGAUAGUAAUAGUAGUGUGCUAUCGGUUGACCGGUCUUCAAAGUCAAAGCCUUCGUUGCCUGUUUUGUUGCCAGCUGGCAGUGGUCAAGGAUUGGAAAUCAGUGGUCAACUGGUUAGAAAAGAUGGUCAGAUUUUUUACAGUUUGAUGUUUGAGAACAAGAGUGAAGUUGCGUUGGAUGGAUUUAUGAUUCAGCUGAACAAGAAUACGUUUGGUAUUGCGGCUGGUGGGCCGCUUCAGGUCCCGCAAGUGCAACCGGGGACAUGUGAAAUGACGGUUUUGCCCAUGGUUCUGUUUCAGAAUAUAGCACCGGGCCCACCCAACUCCCUGUUGCAGGUUGCUGUGAAAAACAAUCAACAGCCUGUUUGGUAUUUUAGUGAUAAAGUCUCGUUGCUUGUGUUGUUUACUGAAGAUGGAAGAAUGGAACGUGGUGCUUUCCUUGAGACAUGGAAGUCAUUACCGGAUUCGAAUGAGGUGUCGAAAGAGAUGGAGGGAAUUGUGAUUAGCAAUGUGGAUGGAAUUGUAGAGCAGUUGUCUGUUUGGAAUAUGUUUUUUAUUGCUAAACGUAAGAAUGGGAAUCAGGAUGUAUUGUAUUUAUCAGCUAAGAUUCCAAGAGGGAUUCCAUUCCUGAUUGAAAUUACAGCGGUUAUUGGUGUCCCUGGAAUCAAGUGUGCUGUCAAAACUCCAAACCCAGAAAUGGCCCCCUUGUUCUUUGAUGCCUUGGAAUCACUCCUCAAGAGUUAAAAAAAAAAAAAAAAAAAAUUGUGGUGUUUGUCUUUUACUUAAAUGUGGACUUUAUUGGUUUUGUGUUUGUUAGAAUAUAUUAUUAUGUACAUGUUAUGAAAAGUUUGUAUUUUUUUAGGUGCAGUUUGUUGAACAAACUUUAACACUAUUUUGCAUAUGUAACUGCUGUGGAAUGAGAUAGUUUGGUUGGGACU